AUGGCUGUGAACAUACAGUCGGUGGCGGAAUUGCUCUCCGCGAGCUUGGAUCCCCGCCAGAACAAGCAGGCCGAGCAGUCGUUAAAGGCCGAAGAGACCAAGCCAGGCUUCUCCCUCGCUCUCCUACAAAUCACCGCCACCGAAUCACACCCUCUUCAGACGAGACUAGCGAGCUCUCUGUUCUUCAAAAACUUCGUGCGGCGAAACUGGACGAACCAAGAUGGCGAACACCUACUCCCGGCAAACGAAGUUACGACCAUCAAGCACGAACUCAUCGGCCUCAUGGUCAAAGUCCCUCCCUCCCUCCAAGCGCAACUCGGUGAUGCAAUCAGCGUCAUUGCAGAGAGCGAUUUCUACGAAAAGUGGGACACCCUCGUCGAUGAUCUAGUGUCACGCCUGACCGCUAAUGAUGCUAUCGUCAACAAUGGUGUGCUUCGAGUCGCACAUUCGAUCUUCAAGAGAUGGGAGCCUCUGUACAGAACGGAUGAGCUAUACACCGAGAUCAACCACGUGCUGUCAAAGUUCGCGGUCCCUUUCUUGCAGGUGUGGGAGAAUACCGACAAGAUGAUCACGCAGAAUGAGGGCAACCCAGAAGUGCUCAAGGCGCAUUACGGAACACUCGAUCUCAUCAUUAAGUUGAUGUACGAUCUCUCAACACACGACAUGCCGCCACAGUUUGAGGAAUCCUUGGGUCACAUUUCUACCUUGCUGCACAAGUACUUGACAUAUCAGAACGCUGCGCUCAACACCGACGAUGACACGGAAGCCGGCCCACUGGAGGAUGUGCGAUCAGACGUCUUCGGGGUGCUGAACCUCUACACCCGCAAGUACGACGAAGAGUUCAAGCAGUAUCUGACGCAGUUCAUUGGUACCUCGUGGAAUUUGCUCACCACCAUUGGGCCUGAACAAAAAUACGACAUGGUGGUAAGUCGGGCUCUGGAGUUCCUGACCACGAUUGCCAGCAUCCGGGAGCAUGCCGAGAAUUUCAACAACGCAGAUGUUCUGGGCCAAGUCACUGAGCGAGUGGUGAUACCAAACUUGUCAUUGCGAGAGUCAGACAUUGAGACCUUCGAAGACGAACCCAUCGAAUACAUUCGAAGAGAUCUAGAAGGUUCAGACGAAGACACGAGGCGGCGCUCUGCAACCAACUUCCUGCGCAAGCUCAUGGAGCAAUUCGAGAAGCUGGUGACAGACGUUGUUAUGCGCUAUGUCGACCACUUCCUCGCCGAAUAUGCAAAGGAUCGGAGCGGGAAUUGGAAGGCAAAGGACACUGCAGUCCAUCUGUUCACCUCGAUCGCAGCCAAGGGCACUGCAACUGCCGCCAAGGGUAUCUUGAGCGUCAACUCAAACGUCAGUGUCAUCGACUUCUUCCAGAACAACAUUGCGGAAGAUCUCACAGACGCCAACGCCCAGCUACUGCUGAAGGUGGAUGCGAUCAAGUAUCUGUAUCUAUUCCGCAGCAUUCUCUCAGCACAGCAAUGGCAAGCGGCGUUCCCGCUACUGGUCCAGCACCUGAACAACUCCAACUACGUUGUCUAUACUUAUGCAGCGAUUGCCGUUGACCGCGCGCUAUACCUCACGGACGACCAGCACCAGCCGAUCAUACCCCGUGUCAACAUUGUGCCACUGGCCAAGGAUCUUCUUCAACACCUCUUCACGCUCGUCACCAAGAACACCAAACCAGAGAAGGUUCAAGAGAACGAAUUCUUGAUGAAGUGUGUCAUGAGAGUCCUGAUCGUCGUCCGCGAGGGUGUGGUCCCGAUCAUGGAUCUGGUCAUCACCAACCUCGUCAACAUCACAAAAGUCAUCCGACACAACCCAUCAAACCCUAGCUUUUGCUACUACCAUUUCGAAUCACUUGGCGCCCUGAUACGAUAUGCUGGGCCUCAACAGCCGGAAAAGAUCGAAUCAAGCCUCUUCCCAGCAUUCAUGGAGGUGUUGCAAAGCGCCGUCGACGAGUUCACCCCGUACAUUUUCCAGCUGUACGCGCUCAUGGUCGCCACGAAUCCAUCCGGUCAGCUCUCUUCAAACUUCCAGCAGCUGGUCGCUCCCGUGCUGGUGCCGGCCAUAUGGGAGAACAAAGGCAACGUACCGGCGCUGACGCGACUGCUGGUGAACCUGAUCCCACGAGGUGCCGAGCAGAUUGCAGCUUCAAACCAGACAGAGGCCAUCCUCGUCGUGUUCCAGAAGUUGGUGAGCAGCAAGGCCUACGAAGGUUAUGCAAUGGAUCUUAUGGAGACCGUCGUCCAAAGCUUCGCCCCAACCGCACUCGAGGGCUACUGGACUACCAUCCUGCAGCUGAUGUUCCACCGACUCUCGAACUCGAAGACGGAGAACUUCACGCUCCGCUUUGUGCGAUUCUAUCAUCUGGUAUCCGCACUGCAAGACAAGGGUCUGGGUGCCGACUUCUUCAUCGCCGUCGCAGACAAGGUGCAAGAGAACGUCUUCACGCCAGUCUAUAUGACCAUCAUCCUCCCCGACACCCAGAAGCUGAGCAGGCCCGUGGACCGCAAGACGGCUUGCAUCUCCCUCACACGAACUCUCGCCGACAGCCAAGCGUUCGUCGAGCGGUAUCAAAAGCGCGGCUGGACCAUCACCUGCGAAGCCCUUCUCAAACUCCUCAUCAACCCACCCCUCCCACCAGCCGCCGACGACACCAUCGAAGACCGAGACGUGGACGAGCUCGGCUUCGGCGCCGCCUUCACCCAGCUCAACACCUGCAAGCGACCAACCCCCGACCCAUGGCCAGAGGUUACUGAUGUAAAGGCUUGGGUCGGUGCUACUCUGCGAGACGCUGACCAGAGACACUCCGGUCGGAUUGGACGUUUCGUGAACGAGAAGCUGGAUGACCAGGGCAAGGCGGCGCUGCAGAGCGUCAUGCAGGGAUAG